AAAUACUUGAGUGAAAGUUCCCGCGACGUCUCGUUUCCACUCAUUUGAUUUUGUUGAGGCAGGAAAGGUACCCAAAACGUCAUAAGGCGCCUCGCAACUUUCUCCGCGUCCCGGUCUUCACGACCUCACUCCCCCUCUUCUAGGAGGAACUCUCCUGGAAUCUUUCCGCUUCCUCAUGAUUGCCUGACUAUUCAAACAUCAUCAUGGGGAGAAUUAAGAAGGUGGCAAGCCAAAAACAUGAGGCUACGAUCUCCCCUUACUUGUCAGAUUUCGUAUCUCGUGCCACGACUACACCCGUCCCCGAGCUCCCUUCACAUCUCAACACCUUUUCUCGCGUAUGGCCUUUCCCCAGAGGGGAUCUAUACCAUUGGAUCAAUGUCCUGAAUCGCUUCGACGAGAUCCUGGCUAUUGCCAUCGAGAAAUACGGUCUCAGUAAUGGCCCUCAAAUUAAGCCUUUCAGCAGACUUGUGCUGGUGGAUUCCUAUGCGAGCGAUGAGAAUAAACAGAGCCCGGAGGAGAUCGAUGCUAAGUUAACCGCUCUUGGCUAUGGUGUAGAGGGUGACAGGGAGCUCCUGGAAGCAAUUAUCGACUUUUCUAGACUAUUGUUGGAUAAGUGUGGUAACCGCAGCUUGUACAGCAGCAGCGAACGACUAGGGGAGCUUCUAAAUACCACAUCACUUUCCCUCUUGCAGUCUACGCUUCGUUUGUCACUCUCUUUGGCCCAAAGGUACCAUUCUCGUCAGCGGGGUAGUUCCCACCUCCAACAAAGCCUGCUGGCCGCCCACUAUAAUAUCGAUUUGGAAAAGCUGCAAAAGAUUGCUGCACCUUUCCCGCGCCCUUCCGUAUCCAACAAGACGCCUGCAUCGCCUGCUGUUGGCAUCAAGGGUAAGGAGAAAGGGACACAAACCAAGCACGAUGCCAACAACCUGGUCACUCUUGUGCGCGAGAACGAUAGCUGGGAAGAGUGGGGCCACGUGCAUCUACUUUAUUAUCCGUCUGGCACUUCAGAUAAUGUGAAGUCGACAUCGGAAGCUGUGCCUGGUGGGCGACCGACGCAAGCUCCCACUACACCAACACCUCUGCGUAGGAGUCAUACCCACCCCACGCCCCGCUUGAGCCAUGCAAUGAUUAUGGAGGACUCUCCUAGCUCGGUUGUGAAUACCCCUCCUGGAAAGCUGGAAGAAGCGACGAGAGGUGGAAAGGUCCUCGACAUUCCUUACUCAAAGAUCUCUUCGUCGAUACCUGAGGGCGUUCUUACGUCACAUGCGGAAGAGUUGCCUGACGAAUCCAAAUAUGAGCUGCUCCACAGAAUUCGGACGGCCCAGGGGUUGGCAGCAUCUCGUUCUAGCCGGGAACAGAUACUUGCCAUUAGGCUGCUUGCUGUUACCAACUUAGCGUAUGUAUACCCAGAGUCACUAUUCCAACAGAAGGUCCUCCAGUACGACAUGGAACAACCAAAGCGUCUGCAACUGGCCUAUCAACUGGGUGAAUUGGUUCAUUUAGGCGCGAGUGGUGAUCUUCCAGUAUCCAGAAGUGUUCAGACAUUGGUUCUCCAGGCUCUUGACUCUCUUGCUAAGCAUAAAGCGCGGGCAAUUGAUGUCUGUGCUGCGUUAAGCGUUAAUGUAAACCAUGGUGUUCUCAUGUUUUUGACUCGGAAGGUUGUCAAUGAGCUAGGCUCGGAAGACAAUGAAGGGGACGAUGGCAGUCAAGAUGAGUGGCGGGAUGCAUUACUUGCCCUUCUGCGAACGCUUCCCGGUUCAAGCACGAGAACACCGGAGACUCUUGUUUCCGCGGGUUUAAUUCCUAUGUUUGUCGAUGUUUUGAAUCUCCGCACGGAGAAAGCUCGUCGUGUUUAUUCUCGGAUCAUGGAGUUCCUCGAUACCUUUGUCCACGCUGUCCGUGAUGCGCUUGGAACUCUCACUGCCGCCAAGGGGUUUGACGCAAUCUCGGAUUUGAUAGAUUAUGAAACUAAAACCUCCUUUGAGAAUGUAGUCUGUGGCGCUGGAAUCCCGUCUCUUCACAAGACUCCGUCAAUUGAUUACCAGAUCCCGUAUUUCCAGCAACAGGCACUCCGGUGGAUGUUCCGAUUUGUUAAUCAUAUCAUGCAGCAUAACGGUGGUGGUUUUGAUCGGGUUCUUCGAAAUCUGAUUGACUCACCCCAACUGUUGACGUCUCUUCGCGUGGUGUUUGAGAAUGCCCGCAUCUUUGGCUCUCAUGUUUGGAGCAAUGCUGUCAAUAUUCUUAGCAGCUUCAUUCACAAUGAGCCUACCAGCUAUGCAGUCAUUGCCGAGGCUGGUUUGAGCAAGAGCUUUCUACAAGCUGUUACACGCAUUGAAAUAAAGGCGCAAGAGAAGAUGCCAGUUGAGACUGAAGGUGCUGAAGUUGAAGGUGAACCGUUGUCCAGACCCUCCGAGGUCGAGACUAGUCCGCCAGGCAGUGAGCCGCAGAAGACCCGGGAAUAUGAGCUCGCAAGGUCUAAGGAUAAAAAGCUAGCCGUAGGUAUUAUGCCCUCCGCGGAAGCUUUAUCGUGCAUUCCUUCGGCUUUUGGGGCUAUUUGUCUUAAUUCAUCUGGACUCGAACUUUUCCAGUCAUCCCAUGCUUUGGAGAGCUUUUUCGAGAUUUUCGAAAACCCCGACCAUGUGAAAUGCCUGAAAGAUGAUCCUAAUCUUGUCCGUUCGCUGGGGACUACCUUUGAUGAGUUAGUACGACAUCAUCCUGCGCUGAAGUCAACGAUUAUGUCUGCUGUCAUUGUGAUGGUCGCACGUGUUGGCCUUCUAUGCAGGAGUAAGGCUUGGUCAGAUGGUAUGGGAUCGAAGCUGUGGACAGAUAACUCUCAGGGAAAGCCAGCCCUUUCUGGUCCAACACAUCACCUGUUCGGAAGGAUUGGUAGCGCGAGAUCCUCUAAUGAUAUCACACCUUCCGACCUUGGUGUUCGGGAGAUCAAAUCUACUGCACUGCCAGACGGCGGCUCGCUGAAAACUGGCGACUUGAGCCAUAUCCUGCCCAGCCCCAAUACCGAUACCGAACCUAAUGAUGCAGAUGCCACUGGCCUGACAGUUACUGAUUACCUUUAUCCGGUACUACGAUUCUUAGGUGCUUUCUUUGAGAAUCAAUCGAACUGUACCCACUUUAUCGAAUCUGGUGGCGUGGAGUUCGUAUUGGAUAUGGCGACUCUCCAGAGUCUCCCAUUCGAUUUCCACAAUACAGACGCUAAUCAGGAACUCACUGUUCUAGUGCACAUGCUGGCGGAAACGAAGCCUCAUCUGGUCGUACCAGGGCUUGUUGAUCGCGCAGAACAGGUUGUGGAACAGCUAUCUGAGUUCUGGCGCUUGUCGGGACCUCGGGAAUCCGGGUUUUUCGCCCCUCUGAUCAAAACACCUAUCGAGACGGAAUCCAAGGACCCGAUCGACAAGACCUGGGAGCUUGCAAAAGAUAAUGGAACAUAUUUCGCUAAACAUAUGGUGGCUGCGCUUAUUCUAACGGAUCUACUACGUGAAGUUUACUCCAUGCCAUUGUAUCAGACCCGACCAAGCCAGCAGACCUCUGCAUUCGCGCAGGUCAAUUUAGCUGAUCGUUAUUGUUCUCUUAUCGGACGACUAGGGGGGUUGCAUGCAGCGUGUGUAUGGGAGGAGAUAUUACUGGAGAAGAAUAUACCCGACACUUGGGACCAGGCAACAAAAGUGCAGCCAACUGGUUCAGAUUCAGAAAAGCCUAAUGAUUCUUCCGGAACCGCGAAUGCAGAAACAAGCCUAAGCGCGCCUACACCUCACCGAGAAGGAUCUACUACAAGUGAGCCUGCUCAACCAGGCGUCGCUCAGGAGCCCAGAGGGAACGCUCCCAACGCCUCUGAAAGUAGCGUAGCAUUCAAGAACGUCCAAGCGCUUCGCUAUCUUCUAAGUUCCUUGCCUUCUUCGAUCACAGGCUUCUUCCACAACUUAGGCCUUGGUCUCAUUGGAAAAAGGCGGAUAGAUCUCUACCAGAAGCAAAAUGCGACUAUGGUGGCUGAGGCUAUUGCUAGCGCCGUGGUCGAACAACUGCAGUUUGAGCCUCCGAAUACCAGUGAUAAUCAUAAGCUUCGAUUCGCCUACCUAAUUGUUAUUCUUUCCUCAUUCUCGCAUUUACUUUUUGAAGCUACCGCAGACCGCCCGCACUCCCAUUAUCUUACUCUCGUCCUCUUUGCGUUCAAGCGGAUUCAGGGCCUGAAAAUCAUGAAAGAGAUCUGUGAGGUCUUCGUGCGUGAGGUCAAGACACUUACGCCUGCAGAGUCCGUGCCCGAUACUGAGAACGACGUCUCGGCUCGGCUCACCUCUGCUUAUGGAGGGAUUAAGAUUAUACUCGGCUUUUUCUCCGAGAUAGCUUCAGGCAAGAAUAUCGUUGACUCCAGCCAGACCCAGGCUAUGACGAGCAGUGACCGGGAUCGGGACCGCCCAGACUAUUUCCAACCCGGCCAAUUUCUGGUAGAUCUUCGAAUGGAAAUCCUGCCGAUGGCUCGAGAAUUGUGGAAUUCCGACUUUGCAACCCAGUCUGCUAGCCCCAUUAUCAAAUGCCUAGUGGAUAUUUUGCGUUCAUCACUAGACGGCGAAUACGAAACUGGGGCUGCCUGGCGCUCUGACCUACCGCCCGCAUUGGCCGAGGCGUCUAGGAGGAAAUUAGUUAUCAACAAAGACCGUGUCGCUGCCUUGCAGGCAAAGGACUUUGAUCCAGAAGUUGUACAGGAAGCACUGUAUCGCUGCAACAAUGUGUAUGCCGCAGCUGAGGAGUACUGCAAGGCACAAGACUGGUUACUACCCGCUCCGAGAAUGCCACCACCCCCUAACGACAUUGAGUCUGUUCGAACGUCGGGAGGUGAGGCUUCGGAAGACUCGGCCGUCGGAGACGCCCCGCCUUUCGAAAGUGGCUUUCUCGAACGUUCGACUCUUGCGAUGCUUAUAGCACAGGCUUCUGGCCGAUCGGAUGACAUGCCUCGCCAGGAGCAAGGUCAAGCGGGACCGGUUGAGAGCGAAGUCAGGCAUGGCUCUGAAUUCCUAGCACGGGCUUUGAGUCAUAUUCUUAAUGAUGACCAUAGCGCAGUUGAUAGCGAUCGGGACGAUUCCUCAAGCGCUAACACUCGUAAUUUGAACCCUAGCGGGGGAGAUUCAUCUGAGCCAUCGAACCAUGUGACAGACCCAUCCCCUGAGCAGGCACCAGAACAGCCGACAAGACGACGCGAAGUUACCACUGUCGAAGAUUUAGAUAAAGAGCGUGAGAAGGUCCGGUCGAAUUUGAUUGAGCGCUGCCUAGAUGUUCUGAACGAACACCAUGACGUGUCCUUCGAACUGGCCGACCUGAUCGCUUCUGCGACAAAGAAGCACCGAGACCCUGAAUGCUUCCGUAAGGAGGUUGGGGAGAUACUCGUCCAGUCUCUCGUUUCGUUGCAAAUGGAAAACUUCCAAACAGCUGGGAAGAAGGUGGCUGCUUAUGCCCACCUUCUUGCGCUGGUAGUCCAGGACAGAGAGAUGUAUACCGCUACGUUAGAGGAACUCAAAGAAUGUUUUACUACAUUCCUCGGGUUUAUCUCAGUGCCUUCAGAAAAGUCUUCAGAUGAGUCUUUUCCAUGGAUUGGACAUGUUCUGUUGGUAUUGGAGAAAUUGCUCUCCGACGACGCCCAGCCUCCUCAGAUCCGAUGGAAUAUGCCUGAUAAUGAGAACCCAGGUGCAGAAGAUGACACUCCCGCUCAACUGGAGGAGCCUCUUAUCUCCCCUGAGCAGAAAACGCAGCUUUUCGAGGCUCUAGUUGAAAUUCUUCCUCGAGUCGGAAAGGACAGUACUCUAGCGCUCUCUGUUUGUCGAAUUCUGGUUAUCCUCACCCGGAACCGUAACAUUGCAACUCGUUUGGGGGAAAAGCGUAGCUUGCAGCGCCUUUUCGUCAUGAUGAAGCAGCUUUCAAGCACAACAAAUGAGAAACUCCAGGGUGCGUUCAUGUUGAUUUUGAGACAUAUAGUCGAGGACGAAGACACCAUCCGACAGAUAAUGAGGAGUGAGAUUGUCGCCAAUUUUGAGUCGAAGUCUUCUCGCCAAAUCGACACGACCGGGUUCGUGCGACAAAUGUAUCAUCUCGUUCUUAGGUCACCCGAAUUGUUCGUGGAAGUUUCCAACGAAAAGCUAAAACUGCAACGAUAUGAUAGCAGGCAACGCCCGCAGGUUCUCACCUUGAAAUCCGAUAAAAGCAAUGGCUCCCCAGACAAAGCAGCGGCCCAGGAGAGUGCAGACAACACCACAGGUGGCGAUCAAACUUCAUCAGGUGACGCUCAACCGGAGGACAAAGACAAGGGCAAGGGGACCGAGAUGAAGCCGCCUGCUGUCGAGAACCCUGAUGGCGUUAUCCACUAUCUCCUUUCGGAACUUUUGUCUUACAAGGAUGUCGAUGACAAGGAACCUCCAGUAGAAACUACAGAUACAUCUACACCCGAACAAUCAGAAAGCCAGGCUGAUGUGGAGAUGGCAACUGAUGAACCCUCACCUUCUGUCUCUACCACCGACUUGCAGGCCACACGCACUUCUAAGAAAGCAGAAAAACCGGCAUUCAAGGCAGAUGACCACCCAAUCUAUAUAUACCGCUGCUUCCUUCUUCAGUGUCUGACUGAGCUUCUUUCGUCGUAUAACCGUACCAAGGUGGAAUUCAUUAAUUUCUCUCGAAAGGCAGACCCGCUCGCGACCACACCAUCAAAACCUCGCUCGGGAAUCUUGAAUUACCUACUGAAUGCUCUCGUUCCAAUUGGCACCAUGGAACAUGACGAAUCUGUUACAUUCAAGAAGCGCGCCAACACAUCUGCUUGGACGAUGCGUGUGCUUGUGGCUUUGUGCACGAAGACCGGUGAGUUUGGUGGAACUGGGAGACGUCGGAGCGAGCAAAACUCGAAUGAGGAAGAUGAGCCCGAGCUUGCCUUUGUGCGAAGGUUCGUCCUAGAGCAUGCAUUAAGAGCAUACAAAGAAGCAAAUGCGUCAAAUGAACCUUUGGAUGCCAAAUAUUCCAGGUUGAUGUCACUUGCCGAUCUAUUUGACAAAAUGCUUAGCGGUUAUGCUUUUGUUUCCGGAGACACGGCCUUCCCCUCCUCCACUAGACAGCUUGCGAAAACGAUGUUUGAAAAGAACUUCAUCGCUGCCCUCACAGCCUCGGUCGCUGAAAUCGACCUGAAUUUCCCCGCGUCUAAACGAGUCAUUAAAUACAUUCUGCGCCCGCUUAACAAACUUACACAAACCGCUGUGAUCUUGAGUGAGACGUCAGACAUCUCUACUCUAGGGGAAACUGAGGAAGACGAAAUUUCUUCUGCUACUUCGGUUUCUGAUCUGGACGAAGACCGAGAAGAAACCCCUGACCUUUUCCGCCAUUCCACCCUGGGUAUGUUAGAGCCUCGUCAUGAAGAAGAGACGAGCUCCGAAGAAUCGGAGGAAGAAGAUGACGAGAUGUAUGACGACGAGUAUGGCGACGAAAUGGAUUAUGAAGAAGAUUUGCCUGAAGAUGAUGGCGAAGUUGUAAGUGAUGACGAGGAUGAGAUUGAGGGUGUUGGUCCCAUUGAGGGCCUUCCCGGCGACUCCGGCAUGGACAUCGAGGUAGUUAUUGACGAUGAUGAGGAUGACUCCGACGACUCCGACGAAGAUGAUGAAGAUGAUGAUGAGUCCGAUAUGGAGGACGACGAGAUCCUCGCCGGGGAAAUCACUGGGGACCAAGAUAAUGAGAGUUUAGGGGAGGGCGAUGACGAUGAGUGGGAGAGCGAAGACAUGUCCGAGGAUGAUGAGGAGGCCGAGAUCAUGAAUCAAUUCGAAGACGAACUGGCCGGUAUUAGGCAAGCAGAUCAGCGUGAUGAGGGGCAGCGAUUCGAUGACUUGUUUCGGGUACUCAAUGAAGCUGCCGGAGGUGUUGAAGACCUACAGGCUGACAGUCUCGGGGACAUUCGUGAUGACAUUGUUGAUGAUGAUUUGAACGAUGAUGACGAAGAUGAAGAAAUUGAUGAGCUUGAGGAAGAACUUGACGAUGCCGACGAAGACCAAGGAUCUUACCAAGGCUUUGAUGAUGAUGAAGAUCUCGUUGAACCAUGGGGUUGGGAUGGCGACGAGCCCCCGCCACCUCGUGGACAUCAUCAUCGCUACCGUGGUCCUCAACCAGGGUGGGCUGCGGUUACAGGUAUCAUGCCUAGCAGCAACCGGCAUGGAAUUGUUCCUAUCCAACCCUACCGAUUCCACCGGACUCAAAUCCCUGCUCGUGGUAGUGACGAUGGUACUAAUCCUCUUCUUGUUCGGACGGACCGUGGCCCCGAGGCUGGCCAACCCCGUGGACCUGGUAACGAAGCUUUUACCGAUUGGGUUCAUGGCAUGGAACCCGUAUCCACUGGACGUCUGCUUUCUAUGGACAGCCCUGUGAGCUUCAUGAAUGCAAUUAUGCAGGCUAUUGGGGGCCAAGGUGCUCCAGGCUUUGGUGUAAUAACGCGUCCAGACGGAAUUCACGUUCAUGUUGAUAGACGAGCUAUUCUGCCCAACCGCAUUCAUGAUAUCUUCGGGCUCGGUAGACCACAGGCACCACCUUCUCGCACUCGGGACGAUCCGUCUCAAGCUGUGAGCUUUGCUCUAGCAACGACUCGGAGUCGCUGGCAGGAGGAAGCUCGUAUCUUGUUUAGCAGCACAUACGUCGAGAAGACACAGCGCGUUGUUAAUUCUCUGUUGAAAAUACUCGUUCCUCCUGCUAUUGAGGAAGAAAAGGAGCGGGAGAAGAAAGUCACGGAGGAGCUCAAGCGACGAGAGGAAGAACGAGCCGAGAGAGAACGUCAAGAGCGUAUUGCCAAGGAGGAAGAAGAGAAAGAGCGUAAGCGGAAAGAGGAAGAAGAAAACGCUAGGCAACAACAAGAAAGGGAACAGCAAGAAGCAGAAAGACAAGCCUCAGGAGUCAGUUCUGAGCCGAUGGAUGAUGUGCAGCAAACAGACACCGCGGCUGAAGCUGCUGCACAACCUUCUCAAGCAGAUACGGGGCCAUCUGAACCCCAGCGCCGGGUGCAUACGACAAUUAGAGGCCGCCAACUUGACAUCACCGGGAUGGAAAUCGAUCCUGAGUAUCUCGAGGCGCUACCAGAAGAGCUGAGAGAAGAAGUGAUCAUGCAACAGCUUGCCGAGCAGCGUUCUCAGGCAGCUGCAGCUGGUGAAGAGCCUAGCGAGAUCAAUCCGGAGUUCCUGGAAGCCUUGCCCGCAGAGAUUCGGGAAGAACUAUUACAACAGGAGGCCGCCGACCGUCGCCGUCGAGAGCGGGAAAGUGCUCGUAGACAACAAGCAACAACUGGCGCCCCUCCUUCUCGUACUGCUGAAGACAUGGAUGCCGCUAGCUUCCUUGCUACCCUGGACCCUUCGUUACGACAAGCCGUACUCGCUGACCAACCUGAAGAGAUACUUGCAACCCUGGGGCCGGAAUUUGUUACCGAGGCACGAGCACUCCCUGGAAGACGGCUGACCCAAUUUGGCGAUAUAUCCAGAGUUGAUCAUAGGCAAAGGAAUGAGCCAACCGACGAACAAGAGCCGAAGAAACAGCAGCGGCGUCAAAUUGUCCAAAUGCUCGACAAAGCUGGCAUUGCCACACUGCUUCGCCUCAUGUUCAUGCCGCUUCAGGGCAACGCACGCCAUCAGUUGAAUGAUAUCCUUCACAAUGUGUGUGAAAACCGCCAGAAUCGGGUCGAGGUAAUCAGCCUUCUUCUUUCAGUUCUGCAGGACGGAAGUUCGGAUGUCUCCGCAAUCGAACGUAGUUUUGCUCAACUCUCGCUACGGGCCAAACCUCCUUCAGUCCAGAAGACCCCCCAAUCUGUCAAGCGCAGUUUGGCCUUCCAGCCUUCUUCAAGUGUCAGCAAUGACGUAACUCCGGUAAUGGUGGUGCAGCAAUGUCUUGGGACUCUUUCGUUCUUGUCCCAAUACAAUCCCCAUAUUGCGUGGUUUUUCUUGACUGAGCAUGAUCCUUCAUCUACGUUGAAGCUAAAGGCUUUUCGCAAGGGUAAAGGCAAGGAAAACAAGGCCAAUAAGUUCGCUCUCAAUGCGCUACUUACUCUCCUUGAUAGAAAAUUGAUCAUGGAAAGCCCCAACUGUAUGGAACAGCUUUCGAGUCUCCUCAGCAGUAUCACGCAGCCACUCACCCUACUACUUCGUCGUGAGAAAGAGAAGCAAGAGGAAGAAGACAAGGGCAAGAAGCCUGAAACAGCGCAAAAUGCUAGGCCUGCUGAGAAGCAGCAACAACAGGAGCAACCAUCUGAUGCUGCAGAACCUGAGGCCUCUGCUACAGAUACAACUAUGACAGAUGCUCCUCUGCCUAGCGUAGAGAACAUCGAAUCGCAAACAUUGGCGCAGCCUGGUGAGGCUACGUCAGCAGAAGCCUCCAAAUCAGAGGCAGAAAAGGGUUCGGCUGACGACGAGAAACAUAAGAAAAAAUCGAUAGAGCCACCUGUUGUCCCAGAUCACAACCUGCAGCUGGUUGUUCACAUUCUUGCCGCUCGUGAAUGCAACGGAAAAACAUUCAGGGAAACUCUCUCAACCAUAAAUAAUCUUUCGGCUGUUCCCGGGGCUAGGGAUGUGAUCGGUAACGAGCUAGUCCGGCAGGCUCAGAAUUUGAGCACUACUAUACUUACUGACCUAGAUGAAUUGUUGACACAUGUUCAUCAAGCUCGGACUGGGACCGACAUGCAGGGCUUGGCUCUGGCCAAAUUCUCACCAGCUAGCUCUGAUCAAGCGAAACUGUUACGUGUAUUGACAGCCCUUGACUACUUGUUCGAUCCCAGCCGUUCAGAUAAGGCUAAGGGUGGUGAUUCUGAGCAGGCAGCCAAGGAAGAUGUCCUGCAGACUUUGUACGAAAGUUCUACAUUCGGGCCUCUCUGGACAAGGCUGAGCGAAUGCUUGAGUCUUAUACGGCAGAAGGAGAAUAUGCUGAACGUCGCAACGAUCCUUUUGCCCUUAAUCGAAGCAUUGAUGGUCGUUUGCAAGAACACAUCGCUCAAAGACACUUCUCUUUCUCGGAACAGCCGGGAGCUGUCUGUGUCCAGCACUUCUGUUGACGCUGGUUUGAAUAUGGAGAGUCUUUUCUUCAAGUUCACAGAAGAGCAUCGCAAGAUACUGAACGAACUUGUUCGUCAAAAUCCUAGAUUAAUGAGUGGCACUUUCUCCUUGUUAGUUAAGAACCCCAAGGUCCUGGAGUUUGACAACAAGCGUAACUACUUCACUCGCCGUAUCCAUUCCCGUGGGGCAGAGCCUCGUCAUCCUCAUCCCCCCCUCCAACUUUCUGUUAGGAGAGAUCAAGUUUUUCUUGAUUCAUUCAAAUCUUUAUACUUCAAGUCAGCAGAUGAGUUGAAAUACGGCAAGUUGAAUGUGCGCUUCCAUGGUGAGGAAGGUGUCGACGCGGGAGGCGUGACGCGAGAAUGGUUCCAAGUACUCGCCCGUGGCAUGUUCAAUCCCAACUACGCUUUGUUUAUCCCUGUGGCUGCUGACCGAACUACCUUCCACCCUAAUCGCCUGAGCGGCGUCAAUUCGGAGCAUCUUAUGUUUUUCAAGUUCAUCGGACGAAUUAUUGGCAAGGCUCUGUACGAGGGUCGGGUGCUAGAUUGCCACUUCAGUCGCGCUGUGUACAAGUGUAUCCUGGGACGUUCGGUAUCUAUUAAGGAUAUGGAGACACUCGACCUCGACUACUACAAGUCUCUCCUCUGGAUGUUUGAGAAUGAUAUCACUGAUAUCAUCACUGAGACAUUUGCUGUGGAGACGGACGACUUCGGUGAGAAGCAAGUGAUCGAUCUUAUUGAAAAUGGCCGCAAUAUCCCGGUCACUCAAGAAAAUAAGGAGGAGUACAUACAGCGUGUCGUGGAUUAUCGUCUGGUUCGGUCCGUCAAGGAGCAACUUGACAAUUUCCUUAAGGGGUUCCACGAAAUAAUUCCUGCCGAUUUGAUUUCGAUCUUUAAUGAACAGGAACUUGAGUUGUUGAUUUCUGGUCUCCCGGAAAUUGAAGUGGAUGACUGGAAGGCAAAUACCGAGUAUCACAACUAUUCAGCCUCGUCGCCUCAGAUUCAGUGGUUCUGGCGUGCCGUUCGCUCAUUUGACAAGGAAGAGCGAGCCAAGCUACUGCAGUUUGUGACAGGAACGAGCAAGGUGCCUCUUAACGGCUUCAAGGAGCUUGAAGGUAUGAAUGGAGUUAGUAGAUUCAACAUUCAUCGUGACUAUGGCAAUAAGGAUCGCCUUCCAAGCUCGCACACAUGUUUCAACCGUAAGUUCUUCCCAUAACUUUGAUUUGGAUGUUACAGGAUACUGACCAUGUGAAAUAGAGCUCGAUCUUCCGGAAUAUGAGAGUUAUGAGACAUUAAGACAGCGGCUCUAUACUGCCAUGACAGCCGGUAGCGA